AUGAGUGUGAAACCCAUCUGGGUAUUCUUCAAUUCCAUCUUUUUGUUUCUUCUACUGGCCAAUUCAGAAGAAGAAGACACGAUCAAGGCCCUGGUCACAUUCAUGGAUAAAUUGGCACCAGGGUAUGUAAAAGACCCUUCGUGGGGUUGGAACCUUUCAUCAGAUCCCUGCAUUGAUAAGUGGCACGGUGUGAAGUGCCAUUCAGAUAACAAAUACGUUAUGAGUGUGAUUCUUGAGAACUUCAAUUUUGGUGGAGGUUUAGACGCCGGUUCUAUUUGCAUUGCGAAGUCUCUUCAAAUACUUAGCAUAAAGGACAACAAUUUACGUGAUUCGAUACCGGAGGAUAUAGGAAACUGCAAGUCAUUGACUCACUUGUUUUUAAGUGGGAACCAAUUCUCUGGAGAUCUUCCUAUUUCUAUUGUCAAUCUUAGGAACUUGAUACGGCUUCAUAUUUCGGACAACCACUUAACUGGAGAGCUUCCCAACAUGGUUCAUGUUUCAAGUUUGAAAUCCUUCGUUGCUCAAAACAACAACUUCACUGGGGAGAUUCCUCGUUUUGACUUCUCCAACCUUGAAGAGUUUAAUGUCUCCAAUAACAACUUACAUGGUUCAGUUCCUGAUGUCAGAGGUUACUUAGUCCUUGGUUUGAUUACGCUGAUUUUCUUGACCUAUAAACUGUUAUGUAAGUUGAAGACCAAAGAAAAAGAGUUGGAUGUCGAAAAGAAGGAAAAGGCAGAAGAAAGUGUUGGUGUUGUUGGCAUGGCUAGUGAAAUAUCCCAUUCCAAUGGAUCAAAGAAGGGCGUUGGAAUCAGAUCGGAGUAUUCAUUGACAUCUUUGGAAAGUGGGAUGACAACAUCAGGUCUUGUUCUUCUUUCUAGUCGAACCCUUCGAGGAUUGCAAUUUGAGGACUUGCUUGGUGCUCCUGCUGAAUUGAUUCGGAGGGGAAAGCACGGAAGCCUCUACAAGGUUAUGCUCGAUAAUGGGGUGCAGUUGGCAGUGAAGAGGAUUAAGGAUUGGGGAAUUUCUAAGCAAGAUUUUCAGACAAGGAUGAAUAUGAUAGCCCAAGCCAAGCAUCCACGCGUAUUGCCACCUGUUGCAUACUAUUGUUCUCAGCAAGAGAAGCUCUUAGCAUAUCAAUAUAUGCAGAAUGGUAGUCUCUUCAUGUUGCUCUAUGCUGGAUCUGAAAGUGGCCAGUCGUUUGACUGGGGAAGAAGACUAAAUGUUGCGGCUAAGAUAGUUGAGGCUUUGACAUAUAUGCAUGAGGAGUUUCUGGAGAAUGGAAUAGCACAUGGUAACUUAAAGUCAAAUAACAUUUUGUUUGACAAGAAUAUGGAUCCAUGCAUAAGCGAAUAUGGCCUAAUGAUGGCAGAAAAUUAUGAUGAAUUUGUCAUUUCACACAACAAAGGCCUCAAAAGCAAAGAUCUAAUUGCAGCCAGGUUCAAAGCUGAUGUAUAUGCCUUGGGUAUGAUACUUCUGGAGCUGCUGACAGGGAAAGUGAUUAAAAAUGACGGAUUUGAUCUAGUUAAAUGGGUGAAUACAGUGGUCAGAGAGGAAUGGACCGUCGAAGUUUUUGACAAGUCCCUAGUCUUACAGGGUGCUUCGGAAGAGAGAAUGAUGAAUUUGUUGCAGGUAGCAUUAAAAUGCUUAAAUCCUUCUCCAAAUGACAGGCCAAGCAUGAGCCAAGUUGCAGUGAUGACAAAUGCUUUGGUAGAGGAGGAAGAAAAAUCCAUAUCCUUUGACACAUGA